CGCACGCCCACCGCCGGGAGGAUGGGCUGCGGGCGGCGGCGCGGCAGCCCCUGAGCUCCCCGAAGCCGCGGAAACAAAGGGACCGAGCAGCGGCAGCACCGGGCCGGGGUGGAUGCAAGCAACCAUGAAAGGCUGGGUCUCCGCCUCCUCCGCUGCUGCCAGAGAGCUGCCGGCUGCCGCUGCUCGGAGGACUACCCUGUGAAGGGGGCGGAGGAGAGGCUGGCUGGGUUCGCCGUGCAAAGGUAGAAGGUGUAAGGGAGAGGCGGAAAGAAAAUGUCUUCUUCGGUGGGGCCCCGCGGCCCUCGCCCGCCCACGGUGCCCCCCCCGAUGCAGGAGCUGCCCGACCUGAGCCACCUGACAGAGGAGGAGAGGAACAUCAUCAUGGCAGUGAUGGACCGGCAGAAAGAGGAGGAAGAAAAAGAAGAGGCCAUGCUCAAGAGGUUGCAUCAACAAUUUGAAAGCUAUAAAGAGCAAGUAAGAAAGAUAGGGGAAGAAGCUCGCCGUUACCAGGGAGAGCACAAGGAUGAUGCUCCAACAUGUGGAAUCUGUCAUAAAACAAAGUUUGCAGAUGGUUGUGGCCAUUUAUGCUCUUAUUGCCGGACCAAGUUCUGUGCUCGAUGUGGAGGUCGUGUCUCUCUGCGAUCAAACAAUGUUAUGUGGGUAUGCAAUUUAUGUCGAAAGCAACAAGAAAUCCUAACGAAAUCUGGAGCGUGGUUUUUUGGAAGUGGACCACAGCCCUCACCCAGUCAGGACGGAACACUGAGUGAUACGGCCACUGGCGCCAGCUCGGAUACACCGAGAGAAAAGAAAGCAAGACUUCAAGAGCGAUCGAGGUCUCAGACUCCCUUAAGUACAGCAGCUGCCUCAUCACAGGAAAUCUCUUCUUCCAGUGUGCAGCCUGACCGUAGGAAAGGAGCAGAAGUGUCGCAGCCGGCUAUGGGCCCGGACCAAAAGCAAGCUUCGAGGUCUAGAAGUGAACCUCCAAAAGAGAGGAAGAAGGCAGUAUUGGUUUCUGACCAGAAUGGCAAAGUUGCAAAGAGUGAGCGUAAGCGUGUGCCAAAAUCCUCACUUCAAAAAGAAGGACCAACAGAUGACAGGGAGCGUAAAGAGCGGCAUGAAGGUAGAAGGCUGGAGAAAGGCAAGUCACAGGAUUACCCAGACUUGCCAGAGAAACUUGAGGAAGGCAAAGUGCCUGAUGAUGAAAAACAAAGGAAGGAAGAUGAAUAUCAUACCCGUUACAGGAGUGACCCCAAUCUGGCAAGAUAUCCUGUAAAACCACACCCUGAGGAGCAGCAGAUGCGCAUGCACGCGAAAGUUUCUAAAGCACGACACGAGAGAAGACACAGUGAUGUAGCUUUGCCACACACAGAAAUGGAGGAAGCGGAGGUACCUGAGAAUAAAUUAGGAAAACGCUCACAAUUACAGGGAACUCAGGACAGAAAAUCUCUUGUGGAAACUCAGAGGUCGUACUCUAUAGACAGAACAGGUGAUGUAAGAAUUUCUGUUUCUAAACAAUUAACUAAUCAUAGCCCACCAACUCCCAGGCAUAGUCCAGUUCCUAUAGAACACGUAGAAUACAAGAACCACGAUUCCUUUAUAAAACAGAGCCGCCUUGAUCCUAGCUCUGCUAUUCUCAUGCGAAAAGCAAAGCGGGAGAAAAUGGAGACCAUGCUAAGGAAUGAUUCCCUUAGCUCUGACCAGUCGGAAUCAGUGCGGCCAUCCCCUCCAAAGCCUCAUAGAGCAAAAAGAGGCGGAAAGAAAAGGCAGAUGUCAGUUAGUAGCUCAGAGGAAGAAGGGGCAUCAACACCAGAAUAUACUAGCUGUGAAGAUGUGGAGAUAGAAAGUGAAAGUGUCAGUGAAAAAGGUGACUUGGAUUAUUACUGGCUGGAUCCUGCCACGUGGCACAGCAGGGAGACGUCCCCUAUUAGUUCGCAUCCCGUAACGUGGCAGCCUUCCAAAGAGGGAGAUCGCUUAAUUGGGCGUGUUAUUCUUAACAAGAGAACAACCAUGCCUAAAGAAUCAGGUGCAUUGCUGGGGCUAAAAGUUGUUGGAGGAAAAAUGACGGAAUUAGGACGACUCGGUGCCUUCAUUACCAAAGUGAAGAAAGGUAGCUUGGCUGAUGUGGUAGGGCAUCUCAGAGCAGGGGAUGAAGUUCUAGAAUGGAAUGGUAAACCCUUGCCUGGAGCUACAAAUGAAGAAGUUUACAACAUUAUUUUAGAAUCAAAAUCAGAACCUCAAGUUGAAAUCAUUGUUUCAAGGCCUAUUGGUGAUAUUCCACGGAUUCCAGAGACUUCCCACCCCCCAUUAGAGUCUAGUUCAAGUUCUUUUGAAUCUCAGAAGAUGGAAAGGCCUUCUAUUUCUGUUAUAUCUCCAACUAGCCCUGGAGCCCUACGGGAUGCACCUCAGGUCCUACCAGGGCAGCUUUCUGUUAAACUAUGGUAUGACAAAGUGGGACAUCAGUUAAUAGUAAAUGUUCUACAAGCAACAGAUUUGCCAGCAAGAGUAGAUGGACGCCCCAGAAAUCCCUAUGUAAAAAUGUAUUUUCUUCCAGACAGAAGCGAUAAAAGUAAAAGAAGGACCAAAACAGUAAAGAAAAGUCUAGAGCCAAAAUGGAAUCAAACUUUUCUCUACUCACAUGUACAUCGUAGAGAUUUUAGAGAACGAAUGCUUGAAAUUACUGUAUGGGAUCAGCCAAGAGUACAAGAAGAAGAGAGUGAAUUUCUUGGAGAGAUUCUUAUAGAGCUGGAGACAGCACUUUUAGAUGAUGAACCACAUUGGUAUAAGCUACAGACACAUGAUGAAUCUUCGCUACCUCUGCCUCAGCCAUCACCAUUCAUGCCAAGAAGACAUGUUCAUGGAGAAAGCACUAGCAAAAAAUUACAAAGUUAUAGGUCUAGUACUAGAGAAAGCAAAUCCACAACGCUAACUGUGCCAGAACAGCAAAGAACAACAACACAUCAUCGUUCACGUUCUGUGUCUCCUCACCGUGGUGACGAUCAGGGCAGGCCCCGUUCACGUUUACCAAAUGUGCCAUUACAGAGGAGUUUAGAUGAAAUUCAUCAAAUGAGAAGAUCACGUUCUCCAACUAGACACCAUGAUGCCUCCAGAACUCCAGUUGAUUACAGAUCCAGAGAGAUGGAUAGUCAGUAUUUGUCUGAUCAAGAAAGUGAGCUUCUUAUGCUGCCCAGAGCAAAGCGAGGAAGAAGUGCAGAGUGCCUACAUACCAUCAGAAGUUCUGUUAGGCACUAUAAAACAUUACCACCCAAGAUGCCUUUACUAGAAAAUGUUACUCAUUGGAACCUAUACAGUGAACUGCAGCCCUCCCUUGACAGGGCUAGGAGUGCUAGUACCAACUGCUUGAGACCAGAUACUAGUUUGCAUUCACCAGAACGAGAAAGGCAGUCCAGAAAAGUGGAAAGAUAUAGCAGCCAAAAACAAACUAGGAAAGGCCCCGCAGCUGAAACAGAAAGAACACAUCAGCAAGGAAGUCCCACGCAGUCUCCUCCUGCAGACACCUCCUUCAGCAGUCGUAGGGGAAGACAGCUACCACAAGUUCCAGUAAGAAGUGGCAGUAUAGAGCAAGAGCAAGAGAAUUUUAACUCUCCCACAAAAGCAAGCUUAGUAGUGGAGGAGCGAACGAGACAGAUGAAAAUGAAAAUGCACCGUUAUAAUCAGACAUCAGGGUCUGGUUCUAGCCAAGAACAUGAGCGUGAGCAAUAUACCAAGUAUAAUAUACAAACAGAUCAGUACAGAAGUUGUGAUAACGUCUCUGCCAAAUCAUCAGAUAGUGAUGUCAGUGAUGUGUCAGCCAUUUCCCGAACCAGCAGUGCCUCUCGCCUCAGCAGCACAAGUUUUAUGUCAGAGCAAUCUGAGCGCCCUCGAGGCAGGAUCAGUACAUUUACUCCUAAAAUGCAAGGCAGACGGAUGGGGACUUCAGGGAGAAUCACUAAGAGCACAAGUGUGAGCGGAGAGAUGUAUAAGCUGGAGCACAUUGAUGGGAGUCAGUCGGACACGGCUGUCGGCAUGGUUGGAACAGGUGGGAAGAAAAGGCGUUCCAGCUUUAGUGCCAAAGUGGUUGCCAUAGUGUCUCGAAGGAGCAGAAGCACAUCUCAGCUUAGUCAAACAGAGGCUGGCAGCAAGAAGCUAAAGAGCACGAUACAGAGAAGCACAGAAACAGGAAUGGCAGCAGAGAUGAGAAGUCGUAUGGUUCGACAGCCAAGUCGAGAAUCCACUGAUGGCAGCAUAAAUAGCUACAGCUCCGAGGGCAACUUAAUAUUUCCUGGAGUACGGCUGGGUGCUGACAGUCAGUUCAGUGAUUUCCUCGAUGGACUGGGACCUGCACAGUUAGUAGGCCGACAAACACUAGCAACCCCUGCCAUGGGUGACAUCCAGAUUGGAAUGGUGGAUAAAAAAGGCCAGUUAGAAGUAGAAGUCAUUAGAGCCCGUGGCCUCACACAAAAACCUGGCUCCAAAUCUACCCCAGCUCCAUAUGUCAAAGUGUAUUUACUGGAAAAUGGAGCAUGUAUAGCUAAGAAGAAGACAAGAAUUGCAAGGAAGACGCUAGAUCCUCUGUACCAACAGACACUGGUUUUUGAGGAAAGUCCACAGGGUAAAGUCCUUCAGGUAAUAGUUUGGGGAGACUAUGGCCGAAUGGACCACAAAUGCUUCAUGGGAGUUGCCCAGAUCCUUCUGGAGGAACUGGAUCUGUCCAGUGUGGUAAUAGGCUGGUAUAAAUUAUUUCCACCUUCAUCACUAGUGGAUCCAACAUUGACUCCCCUGACACGUAGGGCUUCCCAGUCAUCUCUGGAAAGUUCAACUGGGCCUCCCUGCAUUAGAUCAUAGUAGCAGGUGCUGUCAAUUCAAAACAUCACCCAGGAUAACAGUUGGAACCAGACAUUCACAUGAUCAAGAAACACUGUUGGAGAGAGACAAUCACUUCCGUUUUUGCUUGUAGUAGUUAUCCAAACAUAUGUCUGUCUGUUGAGAGAUGGCUUAAAUUGACAGAACAAAGGUGUAUCACAUACAGCUAAUCUAUUAGCAGCUAUCACUGAUGCUUAUAAUGAUUAAAAAAAAAAAAAAAAAAGAAAAAAAAAUGAAAGAAAGAAAGGAAAAAGAAAAAAGAGAGGGACCUUUAGAUUCGACCUAAGUCAAAGAUGACCCAAACUGGAAGCUCUCACUGUGUUAACAAUGUUGUAUUUUUCACAUUUUGAGAGAGCCCUCAAGCAGUGUUACCUUCCUGGUGUUUCAGCAGUUUUUCUGUACUUGUCACUUCCACUACUUUUUUGCCACAUGAUUAUGCUAGUUUUGUAGAAGUCCUCACAAUGCUAACAGAGACCCUUCCUUUCUUUUUCUAAACCAAACAAAAAAGGGCUGAAGCAUAUCUCUGUAAGCAUCGUUAAAGUGUUCAACAGCCACAGUUACAAUUCCAGCGAGUUCAAAUAGUUUCUCAGUUCUGGUACUUACAAGUCAUGUGGGAACCCAGAACAAAUGACCAAUAUAAGUUACGCUAUUAAAAAUAAAAAUCAUCACAGUGCCACUUUUUCUUUGUAAAAAGCAGAUACAUUUGCAUUAUAUAUAUAUAAAAUAACUUUUCUGUUUAUGAUGUUUUGCAUGGAAGAAUUUUGAAGAAUUCUGCAACUACUGCUGGGGACUGGUAUAAAGCAGCUUUAGUCUUAAUUUUGACAUUGACUAUGUUACUGGUAAUGCAAUUUUCCUCCUAGAAAUGGAGAGGAAAUACUUACGUUUCUGUGUAUAAAUGUAUAUUUGACUUCCCAAAAUGUUGACCAGGAAUGAAUUGAGCAUAUGACACUUUCAGCUGUACCCAGGCUUCUCUGAUGUGUGUCGCUUCAGACGCACCUGUCUGCCCUGGAUAGAGCAUGGUAUGAGUUGUUCAAUGUUUCACUGGAAAUUCCAGUUGAAAUAUUCUGCACUUACUAAUGUUUUUAUCAAAUUUUAGUUUACAUUUCUUUGAGAUUGAUGCAAGCACAAGGCUUGAUUUUUUAACGCAAGAUAUCUUACUUUUUGGAGAAAAAAAAUCAAAUUUCAAUUUGCUUUUUAUUCAUUUGAGUUCUUCUUGGCCUUGAAAUCCCUUGUGAUAUCCUGUAAAUGUGCGAAGAACUGCAGAUUCCUGCAGGUGCAUUGAUAUGUUUCCCCUCCUUUUACAGGCCAUUCAAUUUUGUGAUCACACAAAUAGAGCAGCAUGACUUGGAACUGUUCAAAGCUGCAUGCACGUUUUGUAAAAAGAGAUGAAAAAGGUUAUUUAAUAAUGUAUGUUAGUUCCACAUAGGCCAGCUUGUAUGUUGCAUGUACUUGUACAGUUUGCUCGUAAUUACUAUACUGAAGUAACCAAGAAAUCUAAGCCAUCCAUUUUUCUUAUAGACAUUUUGCAGGUUUUAGCCAGGCUAGGUCUGUGGGUCUGGUGCUAAAUGUCUAUAGAUGGACUUUAUUUUUUACCCUAUGGAAAACGUGAUGUAGUACGGACCAAAUUCCUUCUAAUAACUAUUUUGGUGUAGAUUCCUAUUGUGGGGCUGUAACACAUGUAGAAACUGUGUACACACUAGGUUUUAAUUCAUAGACAUACUGCCUGCACCAAGUGAACUAUUUAUUAUUACUCAACACAUGGGAAUUAUUCUGCCCAUCUUUCCAUAGGGCACAGAUUGGUUACUGCUCGACCUGCUGAGCAGGAAGAACUCAAGCAUUGGUGCACUACUACUAGAUCCUGUUCUGUCUUAGUGGCCAAAAACCAACUAGCUAUAAUUCAAUAGUAUCUUUCUAUUUUGACCACUUGUCUUAACACUCCCCUGUGCUUUUAAAUGAACUUCCAACUCAUGUUAUGUAAACAUGUUUAAUAAAAUUUCCUUUUCAUGUCCAGUGUAGUAGUUGUGCUCUCUGUAUGUUCUGAGGUUCAUCUGUGAUUCUGCUUGCUGCAGGACUGUGUGAUAUGUGUUAAGGAACAGUAAAAUAAGUAAUUUCUAUGGUUCUUUUGAUUGCUGUAAUAGUGUAUGUUGAAAUCUGGGGCCAAAAACUGAGGCCUGGUGAAAGUCAUGUUUGGUCGGCUUCCUUUUCCCUGAGAAAGCAGCCAAAUUGUGCUCUCAUUUGUUGAAGCAGGCAAAUUGAAGUUU